AGCACUGUGGCACGUGAUGGUUUGUGGCUUUGAUAAUGAGCCAUUAUAAGGCAAGCGUGGAUCACUCCAGCAAAUCAAUAAGUUGGCAUCACAAAAUCACCACAAAACCUCCAAAAUGAAGAAAGCACAGCUAGUGUUCAUCCCUUCACCUGGAGUUGGCCACCUUGUAUCAGCUGCUCAGUUUGCAAAGCUGGUUCUUGAUAGAAAUGACAAUUUCUUGAUAACCAUGCUUGUCAUCAACAAUCCAUAUGCUGAGAGCAUAAGCAAGUACAUCGAAUCACUUGCCUCAGCUCAUACACAAAUCAAGUUCAUCGCACUUCCUGAGACCAUAGCUCCACCUUCUGCAGAAGCUUUAGCUGUGAGCGCUGAACAUGCUUUUAGUUGUUACAUCAAUGAUCACAAAACCAUUGUAAGAGAUGCUAUCGUUAACCAAGUGAUGGCCAAUAACCCUGCUCCCAUUGCUAGUGUUGUUUUUGAUUUGUUUUGCACUGCCUUUAUUGAUGUUGCAAGAGAACUUGGGGUCCCUUCUCAUGUUUUUUUCACUUCUGGUGCUGCCUUUCUUGGCUUGAUGUUUUACCUUUCAGACAGGGAAGAGUAUGGCCAGCCUAAGUUUAGACCUACAGACCCUGACUAUAUCAUCCCUUUCUAUGCAAAUCCUGUGCCUUAUCGUGUUUUGCCGUUACUGCACAACGAUGAGGGAUAUGAAACAUUUGCAUACCAUGGAAGGAAGUUCAAAGAUGCCAAUGGCAUCAUUAUUAACACAUUUUCAGAGGUUGAGUCUCAUGUAGUUCAUGCUCUUUUGGCUAGAGAUGAUAUACCACCAAUUUUCAAUGUCGGGCCAUUGAUUGAUCACAGGGGAAAGAGUUUGUCAGGAUCAGAUGCUGUUAAGCGUGACGAGAUCAUCAAAUGGCUUGAUGAUCAACCUGAAAAAUCUGUGGUGUUUUUGUGCUUUGGAAGUGGAGGAGGCUUUGAUGAAGCUCAGUUGAAAGAGAUUGCAAUCGGGCUCGAGAAGAGUGGACACCGAUUCCUAUGGUCCAUUCGAUUGAAACCCUCCAAGGGGCAGCUGCAUGCUAGUUAUUUUGACAACUAUGGAGAAAUCUUGCCGGAGGGAUUCUUGGAAAGGACUGAAAAUACUGGCAUGCUAUGUGGAUGGGCACCUCAAGUAGAAAUCUUGGCACAUAGAGCAGUAGGUGCUUUUGUAUCACACUGUGGAUGGAACUCAACUUUGGAGACCUUAUGGUAUGGUGUGCCUAUCAUAACCUGGCCAUUAUAUGGUGAGCAACAUAUCAAUGCAUUUCAGCUGGUGAAGGACUUGGGAUUAGCAGUGGAAUUGACUUUGGAUUUUAGGAGAGAUUGUCCCACAGAUUUUGUCAAGGCAGAGGACAUAACAAAAGCUGUGAAAACCAUGAUGGAGCAAGGAGGUGAACUUAGAAACAAGGCCAAAGCAACCAGUGAAAUGGCCCAGAAAGCUGUGGUAGAGGGUGGAUCUUCAUAUGUUGCUUUAGGAAACUUGAUUGAUCAAUGGUUAGAAAACAAGCCUUGAAGAGCUUAAUUUUCAUCAAUGAUCAUCACUUCCUAUUAUGGCUUAAUCUCAUUUUCAUAAUAAGUUACAGUAUUGUGUUCUGAUUUUGUAUGCAUUAGUCUCUUAAUUAAGCGGAGGCCUUGUAGAAAGGCCAUCCCUUUUCUGUUUUGUU